UCGACAUUUCCCCGGUGGCGAGCGGGCAGCCAUGUCCCGCCGCGGGCGUGAAAAGGGGCAGGCAGUGCUCAUCGACCUCGACAGCGAUGCUGAAGAAGAGUGCCAAAGCAAGCGUCCUCGAACAAGGAGAACAACAACAUUGAAGACAUCUGGGAGAUCCAAAAAUGUAUUACCUUCCUUUUAUGAUAACCUCCCCCAGAGCAGAGUCUCCAGCCAUGCAACUAGCAGGAGGAACAAGACAAAUCAAGACAAGCUGAAUACUGAUAUUUUUGAAUUAUACAUGGAGGAUCUUUGGAAGCACAUUGAUGAAGAUAAGAAGAGUGCUUAUGCAUACUUGGAUUCUUUAUGGUUUAACAUGUAUUACCAUGGGAGUAAUAUACCCAAUGUCCUUAAAUGGAUAAAGGCAAAGAGAAUAUUUUCAAGACAAUAUGUUUUCGUUCCUAUUGUUUGUUUUGGACACUGGAGCCUCCUUGUCUUAUGCCACUUUGAUGAUGCAAACUGCUCGGAUUUUAAGAAAGGGCCACGGAUGAUAGUGCUGGACUCACUCAAUACGACAGAUCCGACAAGGUUGCAAUCAGCAAUCAGAAAAUUCAUUGCUGACAUUUACAAGACUGAGGAGCGGGAAGAAAGCAAGCAGUUCAUAAACAAAAUCCGCCUCGAGUUUCCCAAGGUGCCACAGCAAAAUGGGGAUGAAUGUGGAAUCUAUGUUCUUUAUUUCAUCCACGUUGUCUACAAAAACAAAAAACUGGCAGAUGUUCUUGAAAACAAAAAAUUGGAAGAGGAUUUCACCCAGCUGCUUGAUGAUAGCUGGUUUAACCCAGAGGAACUAGAGAACUUCCGCAAGGAUAUCCAUUCAUUCCAAGCGAAUCGGAAUAACAAAAUUGCAGAGUAGGAUAUACAUCAAAGAUGGUGCCAAGUAUAUAAAUUGGUAACAUCAACGAACAUGUAGAUUGCUGAGUUUCACCUUGCCUUGUGGCUCAUUCUGAGGACAUUUGAAGGUUGUUGACAAUAUGUUGUAUUGCUGUUAUAUCCAUGGAAGAGGGAGUACAUAGAGCUUCGCUGGCAGACAGUACUAGUUCGGCGGCUUGAUAUUAUUACAUUUAUCGUAAUUAAACUAUCGAACUUGUUAGUAUAUAGAAAGUGCUAGAUUACCAUCACCCUCUUGGAUAAUGUUAGCAUUUAGCAGGGGUACAUACGAUGUACUAGUGCAUGUAUUCUCAUUCUAGAGAUGCUGUCGUAAUACCCCUUAUCCGGGUAUCAACGUUACAGUUUCACAUUUGUUGUGCCGAGAUGGUGUUGGUAAUAGUAAAGAACAACUCGCAGAAGGUGUUGUGGCCUCCUGUGUCAUAUCCUGUAGAUUCAGCUGUUGCUGUUGACGGGAAUAGAUUCAUCUCAGACUCCCUCA